AUGAUUGAAAAUAUUUUGAAUAUGGAAGGCAUUGUAGCUCGAGAAGAUGGCGCUAAAGUUCAAGCUAUCAGAGAUAAUAAGCAAGACAUUGCACCUUCCAAAUUGCCCCUGGUCAAAGAAAAGCUAUUACGCAUUCACAGAUACUUGCGACGUGUUAAUGAUGAUGAGAAAAAUAGAGAAUGUCUCCGUAUCAUACCAAGGGUACUUCAGCGUUUGCAAGAGUUUAAUGACAGAAAGGGGGGAACAGGGGGAUCGAGUGGCCCGCAUCAACUUUUCGAGCAAGUAAGAGAUACGCCUGAAGAGGUUGAGGAUGCCACCACCAAUACCCACCACCAAAACGAAGAUCCACAGCUCGAAAUUGUGAAAUUGAUAGCGGAUAAUAAGAAGUUAGAGGCUGCAAACAACGAAUUAAUUUGUGACGUCGACAAGAAUGAGGCUGAGCUUUCAGAACUUAGGGAGGAGGUGGGACGAAUCAGAGAUAAUAAGAGUCAGCUGGAGGAUUUCACCAACAGCCUAGAGGAUUCACGCAACUCCACGGAUAGAGCUCUCAAUAUCUUGACUUCCCUCAAGAAGAAAGACAAGACAUACCGGGAGCGCGUUUUCGCAUUGAAGAAGGAACUGAAGGCAUGCAAAACAGAGAGAGACGAGGCUCUAGUAAACCUGGACCGUCAAACCGAGAGCUUCGAGAAUGAACAUGCGGCUUUGAUUGAUGAUAACACAAAGCUAAAGGGGAGACUAACAAGCUUCAAGAGAAAAUUGGAUGAUGCAAUGGCGGAUGUGGAGGAUGCUACUCCUUAUAAAAAGAGGUAG